CUCUCCGGCCACCGCUGGGCAGCGGGCGGGACGCGGGGGGCGGCGCGCGCAGGAGGAAGCGCGCUGGGCCGCGGCCCCGCAGCUGCCCAGACGCCGCGUCGGGAACGCCGGCCGCCGCCUCCCCACUGCCAGGUGCGCGGGGCUGGGGGCGCAGUGCCGCGGUGGCCGCCGCUCGCGAGCCGGCAUUUCCUCCGGAACCUGAUCGCCCCGCCCGGCCUCCAGGCUCCCUACUCCCGGCUCCGCGUUCCGCGUCCCGGGUCCCGGGCCCGCUCUGCCCGCCCGCCCGGCGCCCCGAUCCAGCCCGGGACGCCCCUUCACGCCCCCCGGGCCGGCCCGCGCGGGCCGAUGUCCUGAGCUCGCCGCCGCCGCGCGCCCCGCGUCCCGCGUCCCGCCCGGGCCGCCCCGGGAAGUUGGGCGAGGCGCGCGGGGUAUGCGCCAUCGCCAUGUCCCGCCCGGACUCGUGGCUCGGUGAGGUCCAGUGGCUGGCCCUGGUGUCGCUCUUCGUCGUGGCCUUGGGCACGGUGGGCCUGUACCUGGCGCAGUGGGCUCUGGCCGGAGCGCGAGCCCGGCCCCCGCGGCGCGCGGCGCAGCCCGGCGGGGAGGACCGGCGCCCGGAGCCGGAGCCGGAGCCGGACGUGCUGCUCUCCUGGAUCCUGAGGCUGCACAGCUGGCGGAGCCAGUGGCAGGCCGCCUGGGUGGCCGCCCUCAACCAGGAGGCCCGGCGCAGAGGGGGCCCGCUCUCUCUGGCCUUCGAGGAGGACCUGCAGCAGCCGCCCCUGGAGCUGGCGGUGCAGCAAGUGUCCAGUGCGGCCAGGUCGGCCCAGGAGAAGGUGGUGUCUUGUCGUGUGGUGGGCAAGGCCAUCCAGUUCCUGGUCACCUCGGAGCCUGCCGUGGCCGAGGACGCCGGGCACCAGCAGUACGGUGUGCGGCUCGCCCCGCUGCACUUACAGCUGGAGCUCCGCAUGAAAGAGGAGAGAGAGGACAUUCCGGUCCGAUGGUCCUUCCUCAGCGUGCCAGAGAUGGCCAUCACCGUCCAGCCCCGAGCACCGGGGGAGGACCGGGCCGGGGAGGUGAAGGCCAUCCGUGAGACCCUCAAGGACAUUCUGAAGCACCUGGUGAGCUCCGCCUCCCCGUCCGUGGUGCUGAGCUCCAGGCCCGUGGACGUGCGGGAAGCCCAGAAUCUCCAGCACAGCACACCCGCCCCCCAGGACCCCUGCCCCCCCAAACCUCCACGGGCCCACGACCUCAAGUUACUGGUGAAGAACAUCCGGGCCUCGCUGCUCAACGCCCCUGGUGCUCCAGGCCCCGCCAACCUCCGCUGCCACGUGCAGCUCAACGACCCCGCUCAGAAGCUCGCCAGCGCCCUCCCGAGACACACUACGGACCUCACCUGGGAAGACGAAUUCGCCUUCGAGUUGAACGCCAAGUCGAAGGAGUUGCACCUGCAGAUCUCGGAGGACGGGCCGUCCGCAGAAGCCCCGCUGGCCACGGCCUCCGUCCCUCUGGAUCUGUUCAGGAAGCGGCCUUCCGGGCUGCAGAGCUUCGUGCUGACCCGCGGGCCCUCGGCGGACGGCGCGGCCCUGGGCUCGGUCACCGCCGAGUUCUGUUACGUGGAACCCGCAGAGGCCAAGUCCUGGCACACGCCCCCGCCGGUGCCCGCCGCCAAGGUGGAGAAGGACCGCACGGUGAUGCCCUGCGGGACCGUGGUCACCACCGUCACCGCCGUGAAGAGCAAGCCGCGCCCGGACGCCGGGAGGGCGUCCCCGCUGAGCUCGGAGUCUCCGCUGCGGACGCCCGUCAAGGUGCGGGUGAUCGAGAAGGACAUCUCCGUCCAGGCCAUCUCCUGCCACAGCCCUCCGGUCAGCAAAACCCUGUCUUCUUCUGACACAGAACUGCUGGUGCUGAACGGCUCGGACCCCGUGGCCGAGGUCGCCAUCCGGCAGCUCAGCGAGUCCUCGAAGCUGAAGCUGAAGUCGCCGCGGAAGCGGAGCACCAUCAUCAUAUCAGGGAUCUCCAAGACCUCUCUCUCUCAGGACAGUGACGCCGCCCUGAUGCUGGACUACGCGGCCUCCAUGGACAGCAGCCGCCAGGAGGACGCCCCAUCCCCUCCGGGGGUGGCCUCGGCCUCCGCCUCCACCCCAUCCGAGGAGGCGGGGGAGGAGGAGGAGGAGGAGGAGGAGGAGGAGGAGGAGGAGGCGGCGGCAGCGGCCUCGGCCCAGGCCGCACUGGCCCCCGAGCCCCAGGACGGUGGCGAGCUGGCCUCCUGGGGGGAGUCGCAGGCCGAGGCGUGGGACGGCCACGCCCUGCGGGACCCCGAGGGGGAUGAGCUGUCGGAGAGCUCCCUGAACGUCUGGGAGCCAGGGGCCCCCAAAAAGCACAAAGGAGGCAUCUUGCGGAGAGGCGCGAAGCUGUUCUUCCGCCGGCGGCAGCAGCACAAGGACCCCGGCCUGAGCCAGUCCCACAACGACCUGGUGCUCCUGCAGCAGCCGGAGGGGCCCCGGCGGCCGGGGGCCACGCUCUCCCGGCUCCUCCACAGGAAGCUGCUGUCCCGGCACAGGAGCAAGGUGGCCGUGAACGGCGCCCCCAGCGAGCCCGGCGUGUAGGCCCGGCCGCGGCCUCCUUCGUGGCCCACAGCCCACAGCCCCCUGGACCGGGCGGCAUGGAUGCCGGCGCGCGGCUCCGGCUGGCGUUUUCCCGCCAGCGUCACCUUGUGCCGGGGAAGGACCGUCUGCCUGACCUGCUGACCCCCGAUGCCGGGGGAGAGGGAGGGCCUCGCCACGGGGCUGGAGCUCAAUGUCGGGAGGAGACGGACGUGGUGAACAUGCUGCAGGGGCCGGGGGGGCCCGGCCUGGGCCCCGGUGCCACCCGCCCUCUGCUUUACGGGCGUUGUUUGGGGUCCACGGCCCCGAAGCAGACGACGGCCCUCUGUGCCAUCGGCGUGGACGCUGGCCGCUCAGGACAGAACCGUCCGCGGGCCCCGGGGCCAGAGAGGUGGGCCCCGGCAGAUGGGGGUCCGGAGAGAAAUGGCGACGGGAAUGGAAACACUACGACAAAUGCUGCGGGAAGACGUUUGCCUUGGCCAUUUAGCCAUAGAACUUGAAACAUUAUGCAAAACCCUGAAUAUAUCCUAUGCACAUCGUGGGGAGCACUUUCCUAAGCGCACUCUGAGCCUGUCUGCGAGGGGGGGAGGGCACCUUCUCCUGCGGGUCUGACCCUCCCUCGGCGUGUCCGAAGCCGGCGCCCCGGCUUCUCCCCGGCCUGGCGCUCACGGAGCUGGGGCAGCCCGCCUCUCCGAUGCAGGGGCAGGACGGACGGACGGGGCAGCGGGAGAACGGGGCGCCCGCACCCACAUACCUGGGUGUUCUCUUGCCCGGGGUUGGUUUGCCAAAUAUUGCCAAUAGCUGAAACCAAGGACUUGUAGGGCAAAAGAGGAAAUGAUUUUGUGUCUCAGGUGUGAGUCUUAGGAAGGGAAGGUUAGUAAAAAAAAACAAACAAACAAAAAAAAAAACGGGCCAGGCUUGCGUCAGAUGCCUCUCGGGAGCGCAUCUGGCUUCUACUGUGAACAGCCUUGGCAGACCCGGGCGGGGUGGGGGUGGGGGGUGUGUUUGUGUUUCUGUUUCCAGGGGAACACACGAUAAGCUCGCUAUACAACGGUAAUGCCCUCCGUGUCUUUCAAAGCACUUCCUGCGCCAGCAGCCACGUGCGUCCUGUCACCGCGGACAGGACACGCCGCCCCGCUCCCGGGAGGGCCACGUGGGGGCCGUGGGCUUGUUCCCAGGAGCUGCUGCUGGCGUGAACGGUGCUGGUGGCUCAGUCAGAGUCAUCCCCCCCCCCCCCCACGAGGUGUCAGAGGCCGCUGCGAAAACUCAGCUUUGGUCACGGAUGUGCAUUGGGGCCUUCGGCCGCACACCUCUGCCCGCCCUCAAACAUCCGCUUCAGGGGUCAGAGCUCUUGCGGAGCUAAAACCCAAAUCCUAGCACCCUGCCCUCCCUCCGUGUGGAGGGAGGGAUCAGGAGAAGGCGCUGAGAACGUCACUUUACAAAACGCGCAUUCGCAGAUUCUUCGCCAGCCCAGGAAUCCAGGGACUGGCAAGUGACUUUUUUUUUUUUUAACGGACUUUGUAAAGAUUCUAUUCCCGUUCUAAUCACUGUAAAACGGCGCCUGGCACUGCAAACUGUGCCAAUGCCACGUGCGUCCCCGCAGGCCAGCGGUCACCACCGGUCGCUCCCACGCUGUGCUUUGCGGGAAGGAUCUCUGUGGCUCCUCGUGGCGGCGGGCAUGUCACAGGCGCGGGUUAACGAUAGGGGCCGGAGCGUCAGAAUGUAGGGCGCCGGGCCGAGGGUCUUAGUCCAUCCAGCUCCGUGCUUGUGUAAGUUUGAAAUCCGGGCGGACUCAGUGGGCGCCGGUGGGAAGCUAUCAGAGUGUCAGGCUGAGUGUUUCUCGCUCUCAAAUAAACCACCACCAAACCACACCCUGUGAGCCGUGGACCCGGAUGGGCCCUGGAGCGCCCUGUCUGCUUUUUAUACCUUCCCCACGGGCUCCGCGCCCUCCCUCCCUCCUGACUCAGAACUCUGCGGCUCCUGGGAAGGAGCCUGCUCUGCCUCGCCCUCGUGCGUGAAGCCGGGGCGUGGACACGGACAGAGGGGGCGUCGCCGUGGAGACCCGUGUUUCUCCGUGACUGUUGGGUCCACGGGAGACCCUGUCCACCGGAGCUGAGUCCAGGGGCCCGUCCUCCAGGCGCCUGCACGGGGGGCCACCCUGGCCAUCCCUGGGGUCCGAGGACGCAGACGGAGCGGGAAGAGGAGGGGAAGGUGACGGGAGCCCCGAGGGCCGGGCCGCGUCUGUACUGUGGUGCGUCCGUCCGGGUUUGUUUUUGAAAGGUGUCGGGCAUUGAUGCUAAAGGCGCUGUCAUUGAGGUGAGAUGUGGUUACACACCGGACACAGAGCACACUGGUUCAUGAGUCACCUGCCCCCUCACCCUUCCCGCACGCUUUCUGGCCUGAGGGCCGUGCCCUGGUUUUGGUCUCGGUGACAUUUUCCCAGAGUGGCCUCGUAAAAGCCGCUCCUCGCGAGCUACUGAUGGGUCCGCCUGGGCCAGGGGCGCACGCUGCUUUUAACUAAGGCGACCAGACGUCCCGCUUCCGGUGGGACAUCUGGUCACCUUAGUUCUAACACACGGACCCCGCUCCCUGCGCUGUGGCCUCUGGGGAGGAGGGAGAUGGCGCUGGAGCAGCUUGAAUGGGGCGUUUACGCAAGUGUCCUGUUCAAACCAGCGGUGAGGAAGGCGUAGGCAGAGCAGCUCGAGCUGAAGUUCAAAGCCAGGCCCCGGCUCCUGAGCCAGUCCCCAGUUAGAAGCUGCCCGGGCCUGUGAUCAGGGCUUCCGGCCACGUGGGUGGCAGAGUCACCAAUCUUCCCGAGCAGGAGAGGGAGGAGAGUCUGCACUGCUCUCCCCUCCGCCCCCCCCACCCCCAUGCACUGCUCCCUGAGUGAUCACCUCUCGGCCCUGGGGACCUCACAGGACAAGCUGGGCGGUGAGGGUGGGGGGACAUCGGGGGUCAAGACGCUUACCUCUGCCAGGUGGCAAGCAGGACCGAUGCCACUGCCCACGCCGCCCAGGCGCCCGAGAUCACCAAAGCCAGUGGCAUGGGCCCCGCCCCGCUGAGACCCGCCCUGCAGUCUCAGGCCCUGGGUUCCUUCCCUGAGCACCCCUCCUUUCCCAGCCCCCAGCUCCCCCCUCGGGGAAAGUGUCAUGUAUGAUGGCAGCGUGUCCUUCUCUGUGCCCGAUGUCACCUGCAGCUACAUUUAAACAGAAGCCAAAGGUUUCCAGCAGGCGGACAGGGCUGGCUGGGGAUCUCGAGGACGCAUUUCCAUGACGGUGACUGUAUUCCUGGGGGCACUUCAGAGCCCGGGCCAGCCCCGGCAGUGGAAUCCUUGGGAGAAGCUGUGGCUGGGACACGAGUGCCGUUAAAGAAAUAAACGUGCGCCUGGAACACGG